GGCCGCACGAUGUUGAUAACCGGGGGCCUUGCAAACACACUACAUACAUACAAGUGAAGAUGGCGGAUGUGUUGAGUGUUCUUCGUCAGUAUAACAUCCAGAAAAAGGAGAUUGUUGCUAAAGGAGAUGAAGUUAUAUUUGGGGAGUUCUCCUGGCCGAAGAAUGUCAAGACCAACUACAUAAUCUGGGGUACUGGUAAAGAGGGGCAGCCCAAAGAGUACUAUACCUUGGACUCUAUCUUGUUCUUGCUCAACAAUGUGCACCUGCCGCAUCCAUCCUAUGUGCGAAGAGCUGCAACAGAGAACAUCCCUGUUGUCAGACGACCUGAUCGAAAGGGCUUGCUGUCAUAUCUUAACGGCGAGAGCUCCACGUCAACGAGCAUCGACAGAAGUGCGCCCAUAGAAAUAGGUCUGCAAAGGCCAACACAAGUUAAAAGAGCAGCUGAUGAGGCAUCCUCUGAAGCCAAAAAACCGAGAGUUGAGGAUGAGGAACGUGUGCGUCUGGACAAGGAGCGUCUGGCUGCCCGUCUGGAGGGCCAUAAAGAAGGCAUCGUGCAGAUCGAACAGAUCAGAUCACUGUCUGAGGCCAUGUCUGUGGAAAAAAUUGCAGCCAUUAAAGCCAAGAUUAUGGCCAAGAAGCGUUCAACUAUCAAAACAGAUCUCGAUGAUGACAUAACACUGAAGCAGAGAAGCUUUGUGGAUGCAGAAGUGGAUGUCACCAGGGAUAUUGUUAGCAGAGAGCGGGUCUGGAGGACUAGGACAACCAUUCUCCAGAGCACUGGAAAGAACUUUUCCAAAAACAUUUUUGCCAUCCUUCAGUCCGUGAAAGCUCGAGAAGAAGGGCGAGCUCCGGAGCAGAGACCAGCACAGAACACGACUCAAGCGGACCCGUCCCUAAGGAACAAGCAACCUGUCCCAGCUGCCUAUAACAGAUACGAUCAGGAGCGAUUCAAGGGAAAAGAAGAAACGGAGGGCUUCAAGAUCGAUACUAUGGGCACGUAUCACGGCAUGACCCUGAAGUCAGUGACGGAAGGAGCAUCUGCUCGAAAGGCCCAGACCCCUGCACUGCAGCCUGUACCUCGUCCAGUUUCACAAGCCAGACCUCCACCAAACCAGAAGAAAGGAUCCCGAACACCAAUCAUCAUCAUCCCUGCUGCCACCACCUCCCUCGUCACAAUGCUCAAUGCUAAGGAUCUCCUGCAGGAUCUGAAGUUUAUCACAUCCGAAGAGAAGAAGAAGCAGGGCAUCCCGCGGGACAAUGAGGUUCUGCUACAGAGGCGCAAAGACCAGAUUCAGCCUGGUGGCACAACACUGAGUGUCACCGUGCCGUACCGCGUCAUCGAUCAGCCGCUCAAACUGGCUCCCCAGGAUUGGGAUCGAGUGGUGGCUGUGUUCGUGCAGGGUCCUGCCUGGCAGUUCAAAGGCUGGCCGUGGCUGCUGCCCGACGGCUCUCCUGUCGACAUUUUUGCCAAAAUUCGAGCCUUUCAUUUAAAAUACGAUGAGGCAACGACUGAUCCCAAUGUGCAAAAGUGGGAUGUGACCGUCCUGGAGCUGAGCCGCCACAGACGCCAUCUGGACCGGCCCGUCUUCCUGCGCUUUUGGGAGACCCUUGACAGAUACAUGGUGAAACACAAAUCUCACCUCAGGUUCUGAGCCAGGAUCACAGCCACAGACACCGAAUAUCCCACAAAUUAAUUCUUCAGCCUUCCCCUUCUCCUUGGUCCAACUCCCUCAUCCAAGCUGCCAAUCCAUCUUCCAACAUGAUCCCCAUUUUAAGAGGAAGAGGAGGAGCGAUCAUUCCAGGACUUCCUCCAGGACUCCUAAUGCAGUGUGCUGGAAUUGUUACUUUGGACAUCAGAAAGGAGAUUUUUGUGUUUUUGUUGUAAUUGUUUUCUAAUGUUUUCAGGUAGUUAAAGACAAAUACCAAAAUAAGUUUUAUAUAAAAGGUAACAUGCUGUGGAGAUGAUUAAAACACAGUACUAAGCUACAUGAGCUCAGAGGGAGAUGCUUGUCAGCGGUAAACAGGAAAUGUGAGCGUUUUAGUCUGAUGAAAACGUGAGAAUCUCUGGGUGCAACUGAGGCAAGUGCUGAGUUUAAGGAAGAGACUUUCUUUACACGUCUCUUUUUUUUUUUCUUUUUUUGGGGGGGGUGUUUGUGGUCUGAAUGUACAUAUGUGAUCAAAUCUGUGAGAGCCAAAACUCCUUGAGCAGAGAGGGGAGUGCAGGUAAAUGUGUUCAUAUGUUAGAUUGCUCCUCUGCUCUCACUCAGUUAAAAUGAUCUCAGUCAAGCAGUCAAUGCCUAGUUCAGUUUUUGACAGCUCUGCACACGUCUUGGUCAUGCAAUGACCUUGUUAAACUCCUUUUUUGUUGGUGUUGUGCUAGAUGAGAGAAAUUAUGGAGAGUAUUGCUUUAAAACAUCACAUGAAAAUAGACAAUAAAGCCUCUGAGAAACAAGUGCUUGUGUGCGGUCUGCUGAACGUGGGUAGUGCUUAUUUCAUUAUUCUUCUAUGUCAGUAGUUUAAUGUUGGUUUCAUUUCAUCAUGUCACCUGAAAUACGUUGGGUGGUUAAUGAGGCUGAACACAGAUGCAGCUGAGCCCUAAAAUAAAGCUCCAGUUUUACUGUGUGGCUCCAGCACUGUUACAUAAUGUCUUGUGAAAUGCAGCUACUAUAAACACAGUUCUAACACA